AUGGCCUUUAAGCUGUGGGAGCGCAUCUCCCAGGCGGACAAUGUAUUUCAGGCUUUGCGUCCGCUGACAUACAUCUCCCUGCUGGGGCUGGCUCCGUUUCGGCUCAAUCUGAAUCCCCGGAAGGAAGUGCAAACAUCCACAUACUCAUUCGUCGCCGGUAUCGUGCACUAUCUGUUCUUCGUCUUGUGUUUCGUGACCUCGGGCAUGGAGGGCGACUCCAUAAUUGGCUACUUCUUUCAGACGAAUAUCACGCGGCUGGGCGACAAGACAUUGCGUCUGACUGGUAUCCUGGCCAUGUCCACCAUCUUUGGCUUUGCCAUGUUCAAGCGGCAGCGUUUGGUCAGCAUUAUCCAGAACUACAUUGUGGUGGAUGAGAUAUUUGUGCGGCUGGGCAUGAAGUUGGACUAUCGCAGGAUCCUGCUGUUCAGCUUCCUCAUUUCCCUGGGCAUGCUGCUGUUCAACGUCAUCUACUUGUGUGUGAGCUAUGGCCUGCUGGUGAGCGCCACCAUCUCGCCCUCGUUCGAGACCUUCACCGCGUUCGCCCUGCCCCACAUAAACAUCAGUCUAAUGGUGUUCAAGUUUCUAUGCACCACCGACUUGGCCAAGAGUCGUUUUAGCAUGCUCAACGAAAUCCUGCAGGACAUUCUGGAUGCACACAUCGAGCAGUACAGCGCGAUGGAGCUCUCGCCCAUGCACUCGGUGGUGAACCACAAGCGAUACUCCCACCGGCUGCGCAAUUUGAUUAGCACUCCGAUGAAGCGGUACAGCGUGACCUCCAUAAUACGCCUGAAUCCGGAGUAUGCCAUCAAGCAGGUGUCCAACAUCCACAAUCUGCUGUGCGACAUUUGCCACACCAUCGAGGAGUACUUCACCUAUCCGCUGCUCGGCAUCAUAGCCAUCUCCUUUCUUUUCAUACUCUUUGAUGACUUUUACAUCCUCGAGGCGGUGCUGAACCCCAAGCGACUGGAUGUCUUUGAGGCGGAUGAGUUCUUUGCCUUCUUCCUCAUACAAAUGAGUUGGUACAUUGUCAUUAUUAUUCUGAUUGUGGAGGCCAGCAGCCGGACUAUACUGCAGAGCAGCCAAAGUGCGGCCAUUGUGCACAAGAUCCUCAACAUCACCGAUGAUCCAGAGCUGCGCGAUCGCCUCUUCCGGCUGUCCUUGCAGCUCUCCCACAGGAGAGUGCUCUUCACAGCCGCGGGACUCUUUCGCUUGGAUCGCACGCUCAUCUUUACGAUAACUGGCGCCGCCACUUGCUAUCUCAUUAUUCUCAUCCAAUUCCGGGCCACACAUCACAUGGAAGACGCAGCCAUGCCCACACAGAGCAGCGCCAUGUGGGGCCAGAAAAGCAAUCGCAAAUUAAUUAUCGGCAUAUUCGGCUUCAGCCUGGGACUCUUUGGCAUAUUGUGCGGAAUGUUCUGGGAGGACAUAUUCAAUUGGAUCAUGCAGAAGGAAAUGGCUCUGGCACCCGACACACGUGUCUACGACAACUGGAAGUCGCCGCCGCUGGAACUCAAUUUGGACAUCUAUCUGUACAACUGGACAAAUCCCGAGGAGUUUAACAAUCUCUCAACGAAGCCCAUACUCGAGCAGGUGGGUCCAUAUCGAUUCAGCGAGCGGCCCGAUAAGGUGGACAUCGUCUGGCAUCCGGAGAAUGCUUCUGUCAGCUAUCGCCGGAGAAGUUUCUUCUACUUCGAUGAGGAGGGCAGCAACGGCAGUCUGGACGAUGAGAUUGUCACCCUCAAUGCGGUUGCACUGUCCGCUGCAGCGACGGCCAAGCAUUGGCCCAGUGUCAAACGUGCCAUGGUCGAUGUGGGUCUUAAGGUCUACGGCCCUGAAAUGUCCGUCCGCAAGAAAAUCGAUGAGCUCCUUUUCACUGGCUACAACGAUGUGAUGAUCGACGUGGCCAUGGCCAUGCCCAUCUUUGGCGACGAGGUCAAGGUGCCAUUCGAUAAGUUUGGCUGGUUCUACACCCGGAAUGGCAGUGCCGACCUCACCGGUGUCUUCAAUGUCUUUACGGGGGCCGACAAUCUGGCCAAGCUGGGACAGAUGCACACGUGGAACUACCAGGAGAACACGGGCUUCUUCGAGUCCUUCUGCGGCAUGACCAACGGUUCGGCGGGAGAAUUUCAGCCACAGCAUCUGAAACCCGGCGGCAGUGUUGGCCUUUUCACCCCCGAUAUGUGCCGCACAGUUCCGCUGGACUAUGUCAAAACGGUGGAGAUUGAAGGCCUAAAGGGCUACAAAUUCGCUGGUGGGCCACGAUCAGUGGAUAAUGGUACACUCUAUCCCGAGAAUCUUUGCUACUGUGGCGGUGAGUGCGUGCCCUCGGGAGUGAUGAACAUCAGUGCCUGCCGCUUUGGGUCGCCCGUCUUCAUGUCCUACCCACAUUUCUACAAUGGCGAUCAGUAUUUUGUGGAUCAAGUGGAGGGACUGGAGCCCAAGCAGGAGGAUCAUGAGUUCUACAUGGUUGUUGAGCCAAGUACAGGCAUUCCCCUCGAAGUGGCAGCCCGUUUCCAGGUCAAUAUGCUGGUGGAGCCCAUAGAGGGGAUUGCCUUGUACAAGAAUGUGCCCAAGAUAUUCUUUCCGCUCAUCUGGUUCGAGCAGAAGGUGAGGAUCACACCGGAAAUGGCCGAUCAACUGAAGGUGCUGCCCAUUGUCCUGCUGUCGGGGCAGAUCUUUGCUGGCGUUUGCCUGGCCAUUGGCCUCAUCCUCCUCUGCUGGGCGCCCGUCGAACAUAUAUUGUCCUGGUGCCGGAGUCGUCGCUACGAUCUGAAGAACCAAACGAAGAAAAAUGGCGAACACAAGAGCCGCUCCCAUUACUCCAGUGCCGAAGAGCUCAAGUCCAAGGCCUCCACUCUGAUAUGCGAGAAGAGUACCAGCGGCACUCCAGAUAGUUCUCCCCUGCUCGCCCGGCGCCAAAAUGCCACCAUUAUCCCGGCCAUGUCCAAGUCGCAGACGGGUGAUAGUGUCGCCACCGCCUCGACGUCCGUCAGCGAGAACAAGCAGGAGUAGCGGAAGCAUAAUUUCGCCAUUCGCCAUUUAGCUAGUUAAGCCGUCCUAGUGCUUUAGCCGUAGUUCCUAGUUUAGGUAAUACGUUUGCCAACACCAAAAACCAUCAAAAUUCAAACCAUUCCCAGUGCCUUUGCCAAAGAUGAGGUAGCCAGCGAACCCAUUCGCUCGGCAUACGAAUACUCUUUUUACAUUCCCUAGUUCUAGCACUUAAGACGUUUUUGUAUAUGUAGGUACAUGUUUUCUUAAUCAAAUUGUCUUUCUGCAGUUCGCUUGAAGCAGACCCAAGGCCAAAAUAUCAAAGUACAUAUUUAAAAAAAAUUGUUUAUUUAAA